CCACUAUCAUCUGCUAUAUGAACAGGAUGAAGAAGAUAGCAGCCGUCCACAUAGCGAGUCUUCUCGCCCUAGUCGUGUCCUCCUUACUUCUACACGGAGGAAAUACUCAAGACACUGGCGAAGGUCUUCAAGACUCCAAGCAGACGUCGGGAAGACAUACUGGAGCAUUGACUAUAGUUCCAAAUGAAGAAGAAGAAGAAGAUAGUAAAGACAAUGAUGGCGUUGUCAGUGUUGAGGUAGAUGAGUAUGAUGAGGAAGACUUGGAGGUGUUCUACCCAACUAAAGAAUGGCAAACAAUCAAGCAAGGACAAGCCAUUCCGGCAGGACUGCACGUUUCCAUUGACCUCACCACCGGAGAAAAACGUGCCAAACUCAUGGACAAUGAUGAUGACCACACAACAGAGGAUGAAGACCCUGCGUCCAGGUACAUGAAGUGGACAGAUGGUGACCGGCAGGGAAUGGUCAACACCAAGAACAAGUACUUCACAGCCAGCGAGCUCAAGGAAGCUUUGAAGAAGUUCAAGGCUGAUCAAGAUGACGUGUCAGAAGCAGGGCAACAAAAGCUCAAGGAUGUCAAAGACCAGUACCGCUCCUACGACGAACUGAAGGAGAUUUUCCAGCAGAUGCGAGUUGACGUGGAGACAGACACGGAGAUCAUGCAGAAACUACUGCUGGCCUACACCGAGGAGGGCGCAUCUGAUGACAUGAAACUCCACGUACUGACGGAGUUGGAAUAUCAUGUUCAUCAGAUUGACAAUGCUCAGAACCUGAUUGAGCUGGGAGGUUUCCAGCUGGUGAUCCUGGCCCUGAAUGACAGCAACAGUGACAUCAGGGCGGAGGCAGCCAGGGUACUGGGAGCAGCCGUACAGAGUAACCCUAAGGUUCAGAUCGAGGCCCUGGAAUCCGGCGCCGUCCCGACUCUUAUCCGAUUGGUUGCGAGCGACUCGUCUAUCGCAGUGAGGAAGAAGUCUCUCUAUGCCUUGUCGUCUCUCGUGCGACAGUUUCCCCUGGCUCAACUCAGGUUUCUCCAGCAGGGUGGUUUGAGUUGUCUGGCCCAGUUGUUUGGGGAUCCCAAUGCCACAACACUCCGCAUCAAAGCAGUGACCUUACUACAUGACCUGAUGGUGGAACAGAUCAAUGCAGAAAACCUGAGCCCAGACAACCCUACAAAUGUGGAGAAGAAGAAGCAGUAUGAAAGAGUUCCCCUAUUACAAAUGAUGGUGGAAGCAGGCUGGUGCCAGCUCGUCCCCACGCUCCUAGACAGCCCCGAUCACGACACCAGAGAAAAGGUCCUCCGUGCGAUGAUCACCCUCUUCACGCCGUGCAGAAACGACUACAAGUCCGCAGAGACAGAGCAGUAUCUGUCCGUCUUAAGAGGAGAAUAUGAAGAACUUGUAGUAGAAGAGAAGCAAGAAGACAGUGGAGAUGACUACUUUUCAGUGCUGCUAAGUCUUGUUGAGGAAAUCUCAACAAAGAUGUCAUAUUAAAUGAUGUACAAAAUCAUUUUUGCAAUAUUUUAUUAAUAGCCUAUUCAUUCUUGUACUGUGCAAAAUUGUUUAGUGAAUCGAUUGGAGGAAUAUAUUUCAACAGUAAAUGUGCACAUGCAAACACACUGGCUAUCUGGUUUAUUAUUUGUUCCCAAUCUUGCCAGGGCUAGAAGAUUGCUUGCAAAUGUAUUGUAGAGGCUUGACAACAGACUACAAGUCCACAGAGACAGAGCAAUAUCUGUCCGUCUUAAGAGGAGAGUACGAAGAACUUGUCGUAGAAGAGAAGCAAGAAGACAGUGGAGAUGACUACUUUUCAAUGCUGCUAAGUCUUGUUGAGGAGAUAUCAACAAAGAUGUCAUAUUAAAUGGUGUAAACCAGGUGUAAAAUAUACUUUGUACAAAAUCAUUUUUUUUGCAAUAUUUUAUUCAUGAUACUGUCAUAUAUAGAAGCAUAUUCAUUCUUUUACUGUGCAAAAUUGUUUAUAGUUGUAAUCGAUUGGAGGAAUAUAUUUCAACAGUAAAUGUCCACAAUGCAAAUAAACUUACUAUUUGGUUUAUCGUUUGUUCCCAAUCUUGCAAUGGCUAGAGGAUUGCUAAAUGCAAAUAAAGGCUUGAUAACAGA